CACAAACACAAACACAAACACAAACACAAACACAACAACAAUAACAACAAUCAUUUCAUUUCAUUUUCUUUUAUACUUUAUAUUGGUUUUGUUUUUUUUUUGCUACUCCUACUUUACAAUAAAUUUACGAGUAGAAAGAAAGAAGAGCUUUUGAAAGAGAGAGAGAGAAAAACGACAAUCAUUAUCAUAAUCAAUCAGAUCAGAAAAAAUGGACGGCGGAGGAGCAGUGGACGGUGGCGGUGGUGUGCCAGCUCAUCCUGGCGGAGGAGACGCCGUGAUGACGGAGGCUCAGCCGGAGUCUCAGAACUCAUUGAUGCCGAUGUCGGCGACGGCGACGACGACGGAGAACAUAUCGGCGACGUUGAGUCACGGAGGGAGGUUUAUUCAGUACAAUACCUUCGGUAACAUCUUCGAAGUCACCGCCAAGUAUAAGCCUCCCAUUCUGCCGAUCGGCAAAGGCGCUUACGGCAUCGUUUGCUCGGCCUUGAAUUCGGAGACGAAUGAGUACGUGGCGUUGAAGAAGAUUGCGAAUGCGUUCGAUAACGAGAUCGAUGCGGAGAGAACUCUACGUGAGAUCAAGCUGCUUCGUCAUAUGGAUCAUGAAAAUUGAUUCCUUUCUUGCCUUUUCAAAUAAUAAGAUUAGUGUGUACUGACUACUGAGGUCUUGAAUUGAUAUAGCAUUAUAGUACAAUAUGUAUCCAGCACUUUCUGCACUAACUCUUGCCAUCUUCCAAGAAAUUGCUCCUUUGCCAGACUCCUCUUGGAUACAAAUUCGUUGGUAAUUUUUUUAUCUAAAUAUUUUAGAUCAACUUCUUAUUUGUUAUGGCAAUUUGUUUAAAUUAUUUGAUCUAAAUAGUUGCAAGUUGUAUUA